CAGGAGCGAGGAAGAACGUCCGUGGUUCAUACGAUGUGGUGCCUUUCAUCGGUUUUAGUUUUCUUUUUCACAUUCAGGGGAAAUAGAGAGGAUGAAGUACACCCCUAUUUACAUAAAUGAUGCCUUUGAUCUGGGUUGUUGAGACUUGAGUAGAGACCUUUCCUACAAAAUGUAUUAGAAAUUAAGUGUAUGUGUAAUGUGUCCAAUGUUCAACUCCCUUCCUUCAGACCCUAAAGUAUUUUUUUUUGUGUGCUAAAUAAUAGGUUAAACUCAAAAUUUAUACCAUGUAAUCCGUUUUAGUUUUGCUCCGGUUACUCCUACAAAUAGGUUAGAACUGAGACCUAUCGUACACAGGUCAUCAGUCUUAGGCCAAAACCUUCUCGGUUGGUGUAUCUUUUAUCAUUGUUUGUAGUUCAUCAUAAACAUGUCAAAAAUAAAAUAAAAUUAACAAAUGCGACAAAAAUUGACAUAUUAUAACUGCCCCUAAAUAAAACUUUACAACAUGUCAUGAACUCAUGAUACACAUAAUACAUCUAUUGUGAAUCUAAAUGUGCAACAAAUAAGGUUACUAAUUUAGGCAAUUAAUAACUUUUAUAUAUCCUACAUUCAAAAUCAGAUGAGAUCCUUAAACUCGACUUAUUAGUUUUUCCCCCAAGAGGAGCAAGUUUUCCUAAUAAUCCCCCACACCAAUUUUAAACUAAACCCAAACAAUCAUUAGUCAUUAAUCAUUAAUCCCUUUCCAUGAUUAGUAUGCAUUCAGAGGCGAUUAUUACCACUUUUAAUUCUCACUCUGCAUUAACUAAUCCAUCUGGGUAAAUCCCCUGUUCAUCUUUUCACCUAAAACAAAAAAUUACAAAUGCCAGAUCAAUCAAAACCCAGUUUUUUACCAGUAAAAUCACCAAAUCUAUCUGUAAUUUCAGAUACCAGAAAAUCCAUGUUCUGUGUUUAUGUGUUUAUGUUAACGUUCAUCCUUUGCACUUUUUUCAUUCUAUUCAACAACCCAUCUUCAUCAUCUUUGAAAUACAUUGCUAACUUCAAAGACUUCUCUCAUUUCUCUUCCUUUUUCUCUCAUUUCUUCCCCAAUUCUUCUUCAAAUUCUACUUUUCAAUUAGGGAAUAAUUACACUAAUUAUAAUAAUAUUAAUAAUGUGUCAUUAUCAUCAAAUUACACCAAAAUUUCCCCACGAGAAACGGUGGGUGAUGAAUUGUAUGAAUCAAUGUUGCAUUGUGAUUUAUUUGAUGGGAAAUGGGUAAAAGAUGAUUCAUACCCAUUAUAUUUACCAGGGUCUUGUCCACAUAUUGAUGAACCCUUCAAUUGUUUUCUCAAUGGUAGGCCUGAUAAUACCUAUGAGAGGUAUAAAUGGCAGCCUCAUGGGUGCAACAUCCCUAGAUUGAAUGGGACACAUAUGUUGGAAUUGCUGAGAGGGAAACGUCUGGUUUAUGUUGGUGAUUCAUUGAAUAGGAAUAUGUGGGAAUCUCUUGUAUGCAUACUCAGAAAUUCAGUGCAGAAUAAAAGCAGGGUUUUUGAAGCUUCUGGAAGAGAAGAUUUUCGUACCGAGGGCUCUUAUGCAUUUAUAUUCGAAGAUUACAACUGUUCUGUGGAGUUCUUUAGGUCCCCAUUCUUGGUUCGAGAAUGGGAAAUUCCUGACAAAAAUGGGUCGAAGAAGGAGACAUUGAGGCUUGAUUUAGUUGAGAGGGCAUCUGAUAGAUACAAGGAUGCAGAAUUUCUGAUCUUCAACACUGGACAUUGGUGGAGUCAUGAGAAAACUUCGAGAGGGGAGGGUUACUAUCAAGAAGGUACCCAUGUCUACAGUCAAUUAGAGGUUAAUGAGGCUUUUCGACGAGCACUUACAACUUGGGGAAGAUGGCUGGAGGCUAAUGUUGAUCCCAUGAAAACACAAGUUUUCUUCAGGGGAUAUUCGAAUUCUCACUUUGGAGGUGGGAGAUGGGAUUCUGGUGGAACAUGUGAUAAGGAAACUGAGCCGAUCAAGAACAUGACAGAUUUACCAGAACAACCCCCGAUGAUCAAAGUAGUGGAGAAUGUGAUUAAGUGGACUAAAGUACCGGUUUUCUAUCUUAACAUCACAACACUGACUGACUACCGAAAAGACGCCCACCCUGCUGCUUAUAGGACAGAGGAGGAGAGGCGUUUACGGUUAAGAUACCAAGACUGUGCACAUUGGUGCCUUCCUGGUGUUCCUGAUACAUGGAACGAGCUAGUGUAUUCUCAAAUCUUGAUUAGAAAUUACCAAAAACAACAAAUGAAGAAGCAACAAGAGCAGCGCCAUUAAAGGAUAUGGCUGAAGAAAUCUGCAGUUUGCAAGAGAGCUCACAAGGAUGCUAAAAUUCAGCAAUAUUGGUAAGUCUUUUCCAUUAAAUGUAUACUAUCUAUGGAGUUUCUGGUAAAGAUUUUAUACCUAAGCAAGAUAAAAGACGGGAUACAGACUGUCUGAAGUCAGAAAAACUUCAACAACCCCCAGCCUUUCCUCGGCCCUCAUUGUCUGCUUUUAUUUAUUUUUAGCCAAUGUUUCUUGGGCAUGAUGGUUAUAGAGUUAUAGCUCUUUCCAGAUAUUGUUGUUGGGACUAUAUCAUGUACCUAAAUGAACAUUAUCUUGUACAUGGCCACAAAAAGGUUGCCAUAAUUGGUUUAUGGUUUUGUAAUACCCUAUUUAAGUAAUGGUAAUGCACUUCUUAAGACA